AUGGUUGCACUGGCCGAAUACAGAACUACAGGGAGUACGUCUAUGGAUCCAGCCAUCACAGAGCUAAUCCUGUUACCUGAAAGCCCAAGCAUUCAAGCUGACGAGGACAAUAGCGGCAUGUUGGCAUCAGACGCGACAGCGAGCGCUUGCAGUUCCAGCUUCAGCACACCCGUCACCGCGCUAUAUCCUUCCAACGCCUACCCCGCCCUCAUCAGCGAUCCAGCUGGAGAAGAGCCAAGAGAGAUAAGCGAGGGAGUUCAGUUGAUGGCCCCCAUGAUAGUCUACUGGCAAGAGACCGACCUGUCAAAAUUUGAUCCUGGAUAUGCGGCAACACUAGCCAAGAGACUCGACAUCGACUUUACGCCAACAGCCACCUCCGAAACGGCGCCUCCGUCAGACCGCAGCCAAUCCACUUCAUCUACUUCUCCGGCGGACGAUGGUGGCGAAAAUUCAUCCAAACCGGAUCUCAGUAUCGCCGCAAAGGCAGGCAUAGGCGUGGGCACCGCUGUCGCCGCUAUCCUGAUGGUUGUCGCCGGACUUAUACUGUACAGGAGAUACGUUCGCAAGAAGGCGAGGCUUGACCGUAAAGCUGCUUUACAGAACGAACAACCUGAACUCGUGCAGACACGCGCUGCAUAA